AUGACGACGUGUGGCCGGUCGCAACUGACUGCCGUGCUUGGUGGUUGGCCAUUGCCGGCCCAGCUUCACGCCCCAGAGCUGGCUGAGCCGGCUCCGAGUUUCUCCUCCGAGCCCCAGGCUUCGGUGUUUCGCCUGCCGCCGGGUUUGGAACUCCCAAGAGAGCGCAUUGAAGGAGCGGAAAUUCCCUGGAUUGGCAGCCACGGUCAUCCUGAAGCGUGCAGCCGCCCUUGUGUUCACAUUCAGAAGUUUGGAGGCUGUCCUGCCGGAGAUGCAUGCCGCUAUUGCCAUCUCCCGCAUACAGGGAAGAAGAGCCGGAAGCCAGACAAGCGGGCGCGCGAGGAGUUGAGUUACAUGACGGAUCAGGAGCUCCUUACGAUGUGUCUGCCGUACAUCAGGAAGAAGGCUGCUCAAUUGGACCUGCCGGCAGCCCACCUCGUGGUCGAAUUGCUGGAGGCGGAGCUUGCCAGUCUGGCCCCUCUCACGCACUUGCGAUCAAGGCGGGAUCUCAAGCAGGUGAUGUCCGGGAUGUCCUUCCUGCACGUGGUAACGAUCAGUAUGUCCCAGUUGCCAUGGCAAGUGGAAGCGGCCCUCUUGGCCUUGAAGCUACAGAUGCCUCCGUCGCACGGUGAGGUCCCAUUGGUCCCAGUGGCACCUGCGUCGAUCAUGCUUUGA